UGCUGCAUGUGGUGACUGCCUCAGCAGAUAGCUCUGGUAACUGUGAAAAGUGGUGGAUGGAACUGAGCCAGAGUUACAGUAGUUCUGGUUUGGACUGUUCAGAAGAUACCUUUGAGCCCUUCAUCGGGGAGGAAGAACCCAGAGAGAACAAACCAUCUGCAUCGUCUUGUUCUGCGGAAGAUUUAGAGUGGUCUGCUGUGUCAGAUACGUUGGAAAGCAUGUCAUGGUCGGCAGGCCAACAUCAUGCAGAUGAGCAGUCUGAAGUGGCAAAUUCUGCAGCUGUAGAAAGAGAUGUCAUGGGAAAAUGGAUUGAUCUUGCUGGCAUGAAGCAAGACAAAUCUGUCAUCAAAACUCAUGCUGUAAUUGACACUUGUUUUGUUGAUUUAUGCCUGACAGAAAUUCCUGAAUUAUCAGAUGGAGAACUGGAUGCUUUCCGGUCUUUUUGCACCGUUAAGAUAAGCCAAAUGCGUCGGCAGCUGAUCUCUAAGCAGGCAAAUGGUGGCAAGGCAAGGCAGCUGCAGUGUGGAUUCACAGCCAAGAAACUGGAGACAAGUGACUUGAGCUGCAUUGUUCCUGAUCGGCUAAUGAACAGAAUCUGCCUGAAAAAUAUCAGAGAGACUGUUAAACAGGUGGUGGAAGCGCAAAUCCAUGAAUCUUCAGUGUGCCCUGACUGUCAGAAGAAGAAAGCAGAGUUAGCUGAGAUUACUUUUCUCAGACGAAAGAAAAUUCUAAUGGAAAGUGCUUUACUCCAAGAGAAAUUUGAAGAGCAGCUUUACUCCAGAGAUGUGCUUACACUUCUAGGAGAAGCACUCAGAAGCUUUCCCAAACCUUCAGAGGAUCCCAGGAGCUUAUGGCAGAGGCUGAAAGGUCAGAAAAUAGACAGCUUGAAAGUAGUAAACACAACUCAAGGGCAUAAAGAACUGGGAGAAUCUUCUGCAGGCAGUUGUACUGAAUGCCAAUGA